AUGAAGUUGCAUUUAACGGUGGGGAUUGUCCCAUCAUUAAAUGUCUCAGCAGGACUGCUCGGAUUUUUCUCAGUGAAAAUAUGGGCUACAUUGCUCGAAAAAUGGGGUCUUCUAGAGCAGCCAUUUACGCGCCAAGAGAACGCUGUUAUUCAAACUUGCAUUAUUACAUCGUCCGGCCUUGUCUUUAGCGGAGGGUUUGGAAGCUACCUUUUUGGCAUGAGUAGUGUUGUUGCGAACCAAUCGUCGGAGGCGAACAAUCCUCUUGAUGUUAAGAAUCCAGCCUUGCCAUGGAUGAUUCUUUUCCUCUUCAUCAUUAGCUUUAUUGGGCUAUUUUCAGCCAUUCCCCUUCGCAAGAUAAUGAUUGUCGAUUUCAAAUUACCUUAUCCGAGUGGGACAGCAACAGCUCAUCUUAUCAACAGCUUCCACACUCCUCUUGGCGCUGAACUCGCAAAGUUUUAUUUCGAUUUCUCGGCUACAUACGUUGGUGUUGGUAUGAUCACUCCAUUGAUUACUAACGUAUCUUUACUCUUCGGCGCGGUUUUGUCGUGGGGCUUAAUAUGGCCUCUCGUAGCCACCCGAAAGGGCCAUUGGUAUUCGGCUGAAAUCGAUGAAAAGAAUCUUCGCGGCUUGGAAGGAUACAAGGUCUUCAUCGCUAUCUCCAUGAUUCUCGGCGCUGGGCUCUACAACCUCUUGAAAAUCUUAUGCAAGAUUUCGAGGGGGCUUUACAAAACAUUUCGAUGCAUGAAACCGGUGGCGGCGCUCCCGGAUGUGCCAUCGAUUUCUGAAACAUCUUACGAUGAUGCGAGGCGAACUCAAAUGUUCCUCAAGGAUCAAAUCCCAGCGUGGAUUGCCGCUAUUGGUUAUAUUGGCUUCGUCGCCGUGUCUACUAUCUCUCUCCCGUAUAUCUUCAAACCCCUCCGGUGGUACUACAUCGUCGUCAUAUACAUGUUCGCGCCGGUCUUAGCCUUUUGCAACUCGUAUGGUUGUGGAAUUACUGAUUUUAAUUUGGCGUCGAUGUAUGCAAAGCUAGCCAUAUUCGUGAUUAGCUCGUGGGCCGGAGCUAGCAACAACGGCGUCCUAGCUGGAUUGGCGAUGGGAGGAGUCAUGAUGAACAUUGUCGCGGUGACUUCGAGCUUGAUGCAAGACUGCAAGACCGGGUACAUGACACUCGCAUCGCCACGGUCGAUGUUCAUAAGCCAAAUCAUUGGGACCGCAAUCGGUUGUGUACUAUCGCCGUGCAUAUUUUGGCUUUUUCUCGAGGCGUUCGAGGAUUUAGGGAAGCCGGAUUCGCAAUAUGCUGUUCCAUAUGCUCUUAUUUUUCGUAAUGUCGCGAUCCUCGGCGUCAACGGCUUCUCCUCUCUACCUCACCAUUGUCUCACCUUUUGCUACGCCUUCUUUAUCGUAUCCAUUACCAUUACCGGCAUUCGCGAUUUUUUGAAGCCGAAAUGGGCUCGUUUUGUUCCGAUUCCCAUGGCCAUGGCGCUUCCGUUCUUCCUUGGCGCGAACUUCGCCGUUGACAUGUGUGUCGGGAGCUUAAUACUCGUCGUCUGGAAGAAGGUCGACAAGGCGGCCGCAAAGGCUUUCGGAACCGUUGUGGCUUCAGGGCUGAUAUGUGGAGAUGGGAUUUGGACAUUGCCUAGCUCUAUCUUGGCCAUGGCUGGUGUGAAACCACCAAUAUGUAUGAAGUUUGUGUCGAGAUUGACCUAA